AUGGUCGCCCCGCUCCAGCUGCCGGCCGCCGAUGGGAUUAAGUGUUUAUUGUCGCGUACACGAGUCUUUAUAAAAAGUAGUAUCGGUACAGCUAUAAAUAGAAGAGCAGAGGCCGCCCUAGUUAGCUGGAAUCACUUACGAUCCCUGCAUAUCGCGAAAGCAGAUAGGCUCUAUUCGCCGGUGAAACCUGACUUUACAUCGUACACUGAACGACGUGAUUGUAAAAUCAUGACAAAGUUUUCAUAUCCCGAAGCUCGUCGUGACGAAAGUAUCGUCGACGAUUAUCACGGAACUAAGAUUGUAGAUCCGUACAGAUGGCUGGAAGAUCCAGACUCGGAGGAGACUAAAGCCUUCGUAGAAGCUCAAAAUGCUAUAACAAGGCCAUAUUUAGACGCUUGUCCAGUACGUGAAAAUAUACAUGAUCGUUUGAAACAGCUUUGGGAUUUUCCAAAGUAUUCCUGCCCUGCUAAGCACGGAGAAAAAUAUUACUUCUACAAAAAUACCGGAUUACAAAAUCAGAGCGUCCUAUACGUGCAAAGCUCAAUAGACGCAGAGCCAAGCGUAUUUCUAGAUCCUAAUACUCUGUCCCAAGAUGGAACUGUUGCUAUAAGUAGUAGUAAAUUUAGCGAAGAUGGUGGUAUCUUUGCUUACGGGCUUUCAAGCAGUGGCUCGGAUUGGAAAACGAUCCAUUUCAUUAACACAGUCACGGGCGAAAAAUACCCGGAAGUUUUAGAAAAGGUCAAGUUUUCACCAAUAGCUUGGACCCACGAUAACAAGGGUAUUUUCUACUGCCGAUAUCCUGAACAGAAAGGAAAAACUGAUGGAUCAGAAAUUCAAGGCAUUGAGCAUCAAAAGCUCUAUUACCACUCCGUUGGCACUCCACAGUCCGAGGAUAUUUUGGUUAUUGAAUUUCCAGAUCAGCCCUUGUGGAGAAUUGGCGCAGAAGUAAGUGAUUGUGGAAAUUGGUUGAUUGUUAUGCCCCUGAAGGAUUGUAAAGACAAUUUAGUGUAUUUCGCAGAACUGAAGCCGGGAACUAAAAUCAGUGGAAAACUACCGCUCACUAAAGUUGUGGAUAAGCUGGAUGCUGAUUACGAAUACAUCACCAAUCUGGGAUCCAAAGCUGUUUUUCGCACAAAUAAAAAUUCUCCCAAUUACAAGCUGAUAACAAUUGAUCUGCAUGAUUGGGAGCAGUCCAAAUGGGGCGAACUAUUGCCAGAAGAUCCCCAUAACGUUUUGGAUUGGGCUAGCGCAGUGGACGGUAAUAAGUUUGUCGCUUGCUAUAUCGAAGAUGUCAAGAACGUACUUCAAUUAUAUUCUUUGGAAACUGGACAGCUACUCCGUACUUUCCCAAUUGAUGUCGGAACGAUAGUUGGCUUUUCUGGUGACAAAAAAUAUUCUGAAAUAUUUUAUCAAUUCACGAGUUUUCUCACCCCUGGUAUAAUAUACACCAUGGACCUGAAAGAUGACGCUGAACCAAAGAUACACCGUGAUAUUAAAGUGAAAAACUUUGAUCCAGAUUUAUAUCAGACUAAACAAGUUUUCUACACUAGCAAGGAUGGAACUAAAGUGCCCAUGUUCAUUGUUAUGCAAAAGGGUGCCGUAUUGGACGGCUCAAUGCCUGCUCUUCUCUAUGGGUACGGUGGAUUUAACGUUAGCAUUCAACCAACCUUCAGCGUCACCAGACUGGUAUUUGUCCAGCACAUGAACGGAGUGCUUGCGAUUCCGAACAUCAGAGGUGGCGGUGAAUAUGGUGAAAAGUGGCAUAAUGGAGGUCGAUUCCUAAACAAACAAAAUGUGUUUGACGAUUUUCAAUCUGCAGCUGAGUAUUUAAUCAGUAAUGGAUACACAACAUCGAAAAAACUGAUUAUUCAAGGUGGCAGCAAUGGAGGAUUAUUGGUCGCAGCAUGUAUUAAUCAGAGACCAGAUCUAUUUGGAGCAGCCAUCGCUCAAGUCGGAGUGAUGGAUAUGCUGCGCUUUCAUAAGUUUACCAUCGGAUAUGCUUGGGUGUCUGACUAUGGUAGUUCAGACGAAGAGAAACACUUUUCUAAUCUGUUGAAAUACUCACCUCUGCACAACGUCAGUUUGAAAAAUAAGGAGCAACAGUAUCCAGCAACUUUGUUGCUUACAGCCGACCAUGACGAUAGAGUUGUACCUUUGCAUAGCCUUAAACUCAUCGCGACUCUUCAAAAUGAGUUGGGAAAAUUACCUCAACAAGAGAACCCUAUUCUAGCUAGAAUAGAGACCAAAGCUGGACAUGGAGGUGGCAAACCAACAGCCAAGGUGAUCGAAGAAAGCACAGACAUUUUAUCAUUCAUUCUUCAGGCGCUUGGUUUGAAAUUCAAAGCUUGAAACGGUGCGUAAAUUAUAAUUGUAUUGAAAGAAUUAAUUGACGUUAAACUUUAAACCUACACAACUGAUUCUGAAGAAUAACGGGUGAGGAUCAUGAAACAGGUCAUGACGUAUGUAACUCGUUAACCAAGGGAGUACUAUGCUACUUUUAUAAAUGAUGACUUGCUGUAUGAAAGAAUGAAAUUAUUAUUUUCCAUCAA